AUGAAGUGCAUUCUGCUUAUUCAGGCGAUCAUUGCGGCGACCAGCUCUAUCUGCCAUGUGCUAUACAAGCCGAAGCACCACUGGCCUGAAGUAGUGGCCUGGUGGCUCACCUUCUUCACGCUGUACUCCAACUUGAUGCCAAUCUCCCUCUAUCCGACGGUGGAGUUCUGCAAUGUCUUUCAGUGUCGAGCGAUCCAGCAGGAUAAGCGGAUGACUCUUGCCGGCAGAUCAUCGUGCUACAAAGCACCGGGCUUCAAUGAGGGCAAGCCCUUCGCAGCUGUUACUCGGAGUUCGAAUCUGUGCCAAGAGCUGGGGCAGGUCGGAUACAUCUUCUCGGACAAGACAGGAACAUUGACACAAAACGACAUGGCUUUGAGGCGUGUCUCCAUCGGCGGGCAGAAGUUUGGGACAUUCCAGAGUAGCCCGCAGGCCGGAAAGUCGGAUGAUGCGGGAUGGGACGGCUUCGACGGCGGCCGCGAGCUUCAGGCGGCGAGAGGCCUGUCUAUGAAGGCGCGAGAGAUCGACGCAUUCUUGGAAGUGCUCGCAGUCUCGCACACUGUGAUGGUCACCAGCGGGGAGGACCUUGAUGAGUGUUCCUGGCCAAGUACGUGGAUGAUGAGGGGCUUGGAGAAAAAUGAUGCUGAGCAGGUUAAGAGGCGAGUCGGGGCUAGGCGGCGGAGCGUUGAAUCCAAGAGUUCCUAG